GGUGAGAGACACAGAAACAGAGAGGCGACAGAGAGGUACUAAAGAGAGGGAGAGAGGGAGGAAUAGAGGAUUGGCCCUGUUGUUGCUGACCAUCUUUUAUCAAGACAGCAAAUCUGACCUUCAACACUAAGAGAACCAUUUGGAUUCAUCUGACCUUCGGUGACCUACGGUGAUUUAGCCGCGUGUGUAUGCAUGUGUGUGUGGAUUGGGAUGACACUGACAGCUCUCGCUUCUCUGAGAACCAACAUUAACUAGUUGCUAAGCUCGAAGGAACUGAGAGAGAUGGCGGAGGUCCCCAAGAUUGAACUUUUCAUCAAGGCCAGUGAUGAUGGGGAGAGCGUGGGGAACUGUCCCUUCUGUCAGCGACUCUUUAUGAUCCUCUGGCUGAAAGGGGCCAACUUCACCCUCACCACAGUGGACAUGAAGAGGGCUCCAGAGGUGCUGAAGGACCUGGCCCCGGGCUCUCAGCCCCCGUUCCUCAUCUUCGGGGAGGAGGUGCGCACUGACACCAACAAGAUCGAGGAGUUUCUAGAGGAGGCCCUGGCUCCUCCACAGUACCCCAAGCUCUGCUGUCGCUACAAGGAGUCCAACGGUGCUGGAGAUGACAUCUUCCACAAGUUCUCUGCAUACAUCAAGAACCCUAACCCUGGCCUCAAUGAUAUGCUGGAGAAGAAGUUUCUGAGGAGCCUGAUGAAGUUGGAUCAGUACCUGCUGACGCCACUCCCACAUGAGCUGGACCAGAACCCAGACGCCCGCCAGUACUCACGGCACUAUCUGGAUGGGAAGUCCCUCAGUCUAGCUGACUGCAACCUGCUUCCCAAGCUCAACAUAGUCAAGGUGGUGUGUAAGAAGUACCGUGACUUUGAGAUCCCUGUGGCUCUGACUGGUCUGACCCGCUACCUCACCAAGGCCAACCAGCAGGACGAGUUUCGAUAUACCUGUCCCAAGGACUCCGAGAUCCUACUGGCCUACCAAUCAGUGGCCAAAUACCUCAACAAGUAGAUGAGCAGAGAAGGAGGGGGAAAGAGGGGUGCAAGGAGAGAGAAUAUAGAGAGGGGUGGGGGGUGGGAGGGCAGACAGGGUAAAAGAGGAGCUGAAAAAGAUAUGUUUAGAAAAGAGAAGAAAUAUUUUUUUAAAAAGGGAAAAGAGGGCUAUGAAGAGAUGAGGACCAGAACAAUAGGCCUGCUGCCCGCGCUGCAGAACUGCAGCUUGUUUGCCUUCUUUCAAUGACAUAUUGAUGUAUAAGGCUGUGUGUGCAGGGUGAAAGUCUACUUAUACUGUACAUGUACUAUUACAAUGUGUAUUAUAUCAAUAUAAAUAUGCCUUUUCGCCAAAGCUUUUAUCCAAAGUGACUUACUUGCGUGCAUCAUUUCUUUUUAUAUGGGUGGUUCCAGGACUCCCUAUGGUGUUGCAAGCACCAUGCUCUACCAACUGAGCUAGGGAGACUCCCUAUGGUGUUGCAAGCACCGUGCUCUACCAACUGAGCUAGGGAGACUCCCUAUGGUGUUGCAAGCACCGUGCUCUACCAACUGAGCUAGGGAGACUCCCUAUGGUGUUGCAAGCACCGUGCUCUACCAACUGAGCUAGGGAGACUCCCUAUGGUGUUGCAAGCACCGUGCUCUACCAACUGAGCUAGGGAGACUCCCUAUGGUGUUGCAAGCACUGUGCUCUACCAACUGAGCUAGGGAGACUCCCUAUGGUGUUGCAAGCACCGUGCUCUACCAACUGAGCUAGGGAGACUCCCUAUGGUGUUGCAAGCACCGUGCUCUACCAACUGAGCUAGGGAGACUCCCUAUGGUGUUGCAAGCACCGUGCUCUACCAACUGAGCUAGGGAGACUCCCUAUGGUGUUGCAAGCACCGUGCUCUACCAACUGAGCGGAGGACCAAGUGCGUACAAUACAAUUGUGUGCUGCCUGUUUCGUUUUUGUAGAUAUUUGCAUUCUCUGAGUUAUGGUCAACAGUUCAAAUGUUAUGUUUAAUAACAAUGUAUUUUAUGCUCACAUUCUAAAACCUUGCAAUGUGCAUACUUUGUCUGGCAAUUGUAAUGAUCUGGAUUUUCUACCUGUGAGAGACAAAGAGACGGCACAGAUGUCACGUGGCCACGUCAACAAAGAUACAUGUGGUACAGUUGUGUGUGGGUUGAUAGGUUUUGCAUUUAUUGGAAUGCUCUACGUUGAAAUUACUGUCACAUCUCGUAGGCCCAGAGCAAUAUUAGUCUGAGUAGGCAUCAUUUGAAUUGGUUUAUUUAAAAGUGUUUGGAUUGCCAGAGGGAAACAGUACAAAUCUAAUAAAGUUUACGAAACUG